CACACACACACACACACACACAUACACAUACACACAUACACACAAGACAGCAAAAAUGCCUGGCGCGAUCAACAUCCCUUUGGCGGACUCUGAUCCCACCCUCCAUCUCCCACGCAUCCUGUGCCUCCAUGGCGGCGGUGUCAACGCGUCCGUCUUCAAGAUGCAGUGCCGGGCCCUCAUCGCCCGCCUAAAGAAGCACUUCCGCCUCGUCUUCGUCGACGGGCCCUUCAUCUGCAACCCGCACCAUGACAUCGUCUCCGUCUACGGCAACCACGGCCCCUUCCGCCGCUGGCUGCGGUGGCUCCCUGAGCACCAGUACGUCGACGCCGAGACGGCCUCGGCCGAGAUCCACUUCCAGCUGCGCAUGGCCAUGGACGACGACGACGCCCUCGGCGCCACCGGCGAAUGGGUCGGCCUGUUGGGUUUCAGCCAGGGCGCCAAGGUCAGCGCGAGCCUGCUGUACACGCAGCAGAUGCUCAAGGAGAAGUACGGCAAGCGCAUAGCCUCGGCCGGCGGCGCGGCGGACUGGAAGUUUGGCGUUCUGCUGGCCGGCCGCGCGCCCCUCAUCGUGCUCGACGACCGGAUAGACGCGCCGCAGGGCGUCGGCGACGCCGCCGAGGCGAGCGUCGACUUCCACGACUGGCCCAACGGCUCGUCCAACGACCACGUCCUGAAGGUGCCGACGAUCCACAUGCACGGCCUCAAGGACCCCGGCCUGCAGCACCACCGCCGCCUGCUGAAGCAGUACUGCCAGCCAGGGACGGCGCGGCUGGUCGAGUGGGACGGCGCACACCGCAUUCCCAUCAAGACGUGGGACGUCGAGGCCGUCGCAUCGCAGAUCCUGGAUUUGGGACGCGAGCUCAACAUCCUGCCGCCAAAGGAGGAGGGUGCUCUCGAAUAGAACGGGGACGGCCCCGCGGGCAGCGUAUCCAUAGCAUUUGUGCAUGUAUAGCGGGUUUGGGUUGGAGUUUGGUAUAGCCAUGCGCUUCUUGUUGGAAGGAUGUUUUUUUGCCCUUCCUUUUUCUUUUUUAAUUCCCCAUCAUAGACAUGGGGGGGGUGGGAUCACACGUAGGAUCCGUAAACACUAAAUGGACAUAAUAAUACUUUCCCACAUAUACACACUUUUAGCCUUUCGCUUGCCCUUUCGUGCAUACACUAAUGUACUAACACACAGACACACUCACACUCACACUCACACUCACACGCACACGCGCACGCAGCAGCCAGCCAGCGGUCACCACUCAUCUUCCCCUUCACCGCGUGGUA